UGAUUGGAGCAGAAAUGACAUUAAGAGAAAUAACUGUAAUUGUUUCUCUGAUUGUCAAUUAUUUUUUCAUAAGUUCUGUGAAUCGGUUAAAUGGUGACUCUGAAAAAGUGAUUACCUAAACUGGAUGCUGGAAUGUAACUCCAUUUGUUUAAUUCAUCAACAUUGAAAGGCCCGCGAAACAUUACCUUAUUGCUCACUCUUAUCAAUUCUACAAAAUUGUUUACAAUCCUGUUAUUGCUUCAGCUAAUGUUGACAAUCAAAUCUGAUCAGCAUUGGGCUUACCAGUGUCCAUUUGAAUUCAAUUGAUUAUUGAUCUAUUUAUUAACUUAACCUUUUACUAUAAAUAUCUUUUCCUCCCUAUGAACAGCUAAACUCUAACAACAGAAACAUAAAACAUAAACUACGUUAUACCAAUAUGUGUUUUAUCCUGAGUGAAUCAACAAUUGCUAUUUAAUCACCGUGAAAUAAAUUCCUUUUGAUAUCAUCUUACAGAUAAAACAAAUUGUGUCGAUUAACAGAUAUAAUUAAUGUAAAAAAUCCUAACAGCUCAAAGCUAUGUGCAACCAAUAUAUUUGAUAUUCUGAUUUGGUUUAUUAUCUUUCAUCAAACUGACGUGCAAUCAAUUGCAUAUUAUUUGCUUGGACGUUUAAUUUGUUUGACAAUCUAGAUACGUUACCAAGCAAACGUUAUUACACCAAGGAGUUAUUUUGUGGCGUUUGAUAAACCUUGAAAUCCAAAGCCUACUCACAUUAUAAUGUCAACAUUGACUCACUAACCUACAAAAACAAUGCUAAACUUCACCAGGAUGGAAAAGAACUCAUUCUUUAAUUUCUAUUGAUUACGUGAAUAUAUUUUGUUACCAAUUUUUAAAUUAUAUUUAGUUAUACAUUUAAAUUCGUCAAAGAGUUAUUAUAAAUUAGAUUCAUGUUUCAUCGCCAAGAAAUCAUUGAAAAGAUCUCACUCUACUCUACUCGAACUCAUACUUGGACCAACAUUUCAAUAUUGAGUAAAUUGUAAUUUUAUUCAACUUCUCUUUUAAUAUUUUUUUGUAAUUUAGUAUUCGUUCAAAAAACCGAGGUUUCUCUUUUCUGUAAGACGUGAACCAUUCUUUAAGAUGAGCUCUGAUAGCCAAUUACCCACACAAACUGAACAAAUUGUUAAUAAAUUUGUAAAUGAUGGAUCUUUUUUGGAGAUAUUUAAACAAAUGCAAAAUAAGCAGCAAUGCAAAGUACAGUCAACAUAUAAUCAAUGUUUUAAUCAACCAGAAUCUACAUCAACAAAAUCACCUGAAACUACAACUGGCCUUAAAGAGGAAAGCAAACCUUUACAGUUGUCCAAAGAUACCAGUGAAGCUUCAAGUGAUGCACCUAAAGUUAACUCUGUCAAAGUAAUCUCUAACAAGAUAAUUCUGGGUAAACGCCGCAACCAAAAACUGAAGGUUGGCAUAAUCAAGCGCAAUCGGAAAGAGUCAGAAACUGAGUCCGAGGAUGGUUUGGAUGCUUGGACUAAAUACAUGAGAGAAGUGAGACAAUACAAGGAAAAGUAUGGUGACGAUUCCGACAAGAAGCGACCAUUAGUCAAAUGAUUUGGAACAAGUAAUUUUAAACAUUUCAAUGGAUUAUUACAAUAUAAUGACAAUUUUUCAUCCAUUGACUUUAGUUAAUCAAACUCAAUGUACAUAUAGUUUGCCGCAAUCAUGAUUCUAUGCACAUUUCAAAGGAAUAAUACAAUUCAACAUUAUUUCCACGACUUGUAAAAGAGCAAUCGUAUGGUAUUGUUCAAUCGACAAUCAAUAUAUCAUAACAGCCAACUUAUUCGAGCUUGUAAAUUGGGUCACAGAUGAAUAACCGAAAUCACAAAAAUUAUUGAGACGAGUAAAAAUGAAACUCUGUGAUUAAUUCAAUAUCCCACAUAGAUAUAACUUUUUUUAAUCCUCUCCUUUCAAGUAAAUAAUUACUAUUAAAUUAUACAACCAAAGA